CACAGUUCACCCUGUCACACAUGGACACCCACUGACAGUCAGUAUAUGAGCAAAACUCCCUUACAACUACGUAAGCUUUUUUGAACGGGCAAGACAGUCUUAUCUAUUGUUUUGAUGCAGUAUUUGGUGGUUUCACCAAGUUUUUCCGUGUGAUGACAAUGUUUUUUUCAUUUAGCAGAGGCAGUCAUCAAUUUUGAAAGACAGCCCGUGUGGUGCACGCACACAUCCCUCAGAAGAGGAGCACCCUGUGAUCCAUUCUCCUCUGACACCUCUUCCUAAGCCUGCCCACAACAAUCCACCCCCCACAGUCUCCAUGACCAGCACACCAAAACGCUGGGUGAUAAAACCCUUCUACUCAAAGUUAGAGCAGACAGAUUUCCACUCCAUAGUGAGUCCUACUGGCGGAAUACAAUCACCAGACCCGUGGAGCAGCAUACAGGACACUGACUCUCUAAAGUUCAGCUUUGAAAGCGUAUCAGUAACUGGCAUGCAGCCCACUGUGAUGGUUUCAUACAAGAGUGAGGAGAACACACCAGACGUGGUGCUCCAGGCAGCUGCUCAGCAGGUAGCUGUGUCUGAAGAAGGAAGUGACAAUGAGGAUUGGAGACCCAGCAAUCCCAGCAGCCCUGGAACCCCAAGCAGCAACGGCUCACGUGUUGGGUUUUAUUCUUUUGUAGAGGACCUGGCAAGCCCAGAGGCAGAGAUGAAUGAGGCCUACAUGCUUUCUCCGGAGAGGCAGGCUAAACUGAAUACUUUGAAGGAGAAAAGCUCCUUCAGGCUUCAGACGUACAUGGAGGAAAGGAGACCUGGGAGACUGUUUGAAGAAAGUAACAAUGACAAACCUUAUCAUCUUGAGGGUUUCUCUAAAGGGAAUGAAGUAGAGGCAAAUCCAGAUCGAAUGGAGAUCAUCCGGAACCAGGCACCUAGGAAAAACCCUGUCCUUAAAAAACAAUGGAGUUCCUUGGAAAAUCUGGAUCUCAGUAACACUCCCCAAAGACUUGUGGAUGGAUUUAGUCUGCGCUACUCCGCUGUAAAUUCAAAGGCUGAAGAGGUCAAGGUGGAGCCUGGCUCUAUUGACGAUAUGCAAAUAGAUUUUAAUGCUGCACGGCGGCAGUUUCUAAUGAUGGAAGAGUCGAAGCAAAAACCCCUUUCGCAGAGUCCCAAACAGCACCCUUACUCCGCCAAAUUUAGAGAAAGGACUCUCUCCCCAAAUGCCAGCAUCUUCCCAUCAAAGCAAGUGAGCCAAGAGAACAGCCUUCGAGAGAACCAUAUCCAAAUGAGUACACAACUAGAGACAAAAAAUAAGACUGUGAGUUUGACUGAGGACCCAGAAGAGAAAGUUCAAAGUAGUGCCAGAGACGAGGUUGACUCUGUGCUCGAAGACCGAAGUGCCGGUUUCUUUAGUGAUGGACACAUUUCAAAUGAUACUUUCGUUUCAGAAAUAGCGAGUAACCUUUCAAUGCACAAUGCAGGGGAGACUCCAAUCGAAAGGGAGAUCAGAGUCAACCAAGAACGGGAAGAGAACCUACGCCGAUCAAGGGGGAUCUUGCGUGCGGACAGUUCAGAGAUGGUGGAGAUCAGGACUAAGCCAAUUCGGACGUACUUGUCUCCACAGAUUAGGCCUACGAAAGCCAAAGAUACAAACAGGGUGAGCUUCCUCAUUCAGAGAGGGUUUGAGGUUGAGAAAUGGCAACAUAGCCAAAACAGGCUUUCAAGUCUUUAUAACCAAGAGCAGGCUGAAGUCAAAGAGAAGAGCAAGGCAUAUGAGUCACAUCCAGAUAAAGGUGCAAUCACAUCUUUGAGGACAAAACCCAGAGAGACUCCAGAAAAUGAGGAAAGGAUGUCUUCUGUGGAGGAUCCUGCACAUGAGAAGAAAAGUCACCUGUCCGACUCGGAGGAAGUUCUGUCACCUUGCUGCCCCCAUCGACAUCCAGAUGAAUCUACAAUUCAGAGAAACUACACUGAGAGCAAAGGAUUCGAAUACAGAGAUGGAAAAGCACAGAUUAUAGAAUGUCCUGUGGAAAAUAUCUCUUCUAAAGUAAGGCUUUAUAAAGAUAACAUUUUUGAGACCCAAUCAAGUACUCUCAAAACAAAGACAGAACCUUUCUGGAUAGCUGAGAACGGGACCAGCAUGCCAUGGAAGAACAGAUUAUCCUCUCUAAAUACUCAACAAGAACCCACAAAAUACAGCGGGUACAUCCCAACUUGGAGAUCUCAUCUUGAACGUAGCACCUGGAGCCCUCAAUUGAUAAAUGCACCAGACAGCAUCCGGGAAGAAAUCGAACAGGACCUGAAGCGAGAAAAGGAGCUUCAGGAACUGAGAGAGUCUAGUACCCAGUCCUUUUCAACAAACAGAGACACGGACAACUCCAAGAAUGCCAAGAAUCUAGAACUAACUUCAACUGAACCUACCUACCCACCAAUCAGUGGUGAGGAUAUGGUAUUCUCACCAAAAACUUCACAAAAUGACUUGAUUGAAGUGGAUCAUUAUUCUUGGAGUCAGGAUACCCCUUUUUCCAGAUUAUCAAUACAAGAUAAAGGUCCACUGUUGCCCUCACCACGGCUCAGUUCAAGAUUGCCAUCUGUGUCCAUGAUGUCACCCCAGCCGUGGGGCAGCACCAACCCUGUGUCCCCUACUGUUUCAAGGGUAACUCCAAUAAAGCCCUCCAGCCUGCAAGCUGACGUGUCCUCGCCACUCUCUCAGAAAGGUCUGACUGAAACCCUGCUGAAAGAUUUUAAAGACAGACGGGUCAAACUGCAUAUGGAAGAAAGUGCUUACGCUGGGAUACAACCCAUUGAUGACAUUAAUAAUGAGGUUGUAGAAGCCACCCGUGUAACAAGGCAUAAAAACCAGCGAGCCCUGCAGUGGGAGGCUGGCAUGUACGCCAACCAGGAGGCAUAAAAUAUCAGCACCAAGACGAGACAACGACACAUGAGGAAUAUGUGAUACCGGUUGAAUUCCUGAUUGCAUUUACAGGCACUACGUUCUUUAGUGCCACUCAUAGUUUAUAUGGUUUUUCAGAGACGACUGCCGUGGAGGUAGUAGGUGUAGGUGUAGAAAGCAUGUGAUUGGGGUGAAUUGUAUGAAAUUAGCUUCUGUGAACACUUUCUUCAUACUUUUCCUUGCCAAGUACUAACAUUUCUUAAUCCCCAUGAAGAAUAUUAAACAAAACUUUUUAUUAAGGCGACUUUAUCAUGUGAGACAAUAAAACAUCAAUCUGCUGAUAAAGUUACUGACCUUCAACCCGACCCCAGGUCAACCUGAUUUUUAUAUCAGGAAUAAAUCCAAAGCAAAGUCUGGACCUGGAAGUCACAACACGGAAGUCUGUUCAUCUAACAUUCUAUGUAAUGUUGAUGAUAAACACGAAAUAUGAAUAGUUUUCUUUUGCUCUAUUGUUUAUAGGAAAUUGAAAUAGUAAACAUUACAAUCUAUAUUAAGAUUAUGUAGAAUGAAAUUAAUACUACAAAAGAUUUGAUUCUAGUAUAUUAAUGAUUGUGGACACUAUGAUUUUAAUUAAGAUAAUAUAUAUAUAUAUAUAUAUUAGAUUUUUUCCCUAAAAGAAAGCUUGCAUAUUUUGAUCAGAUAUGUUUUUAAGCAGCAGAGUAUGUGCAAUACAAAUGUCUUUCCUCUGAAAAUAUUAUUGUGGCAAGCUAUCUCAUCCCCCAACAUCCUAAACCAACUAAUAUCUCACACAAUGACGCAGUCAGUCUAAGGAUUACAUUUGUGCAAUAUUUAUUGAAAAAAAGUUGUACUUAAUGUUAUUUUGAUGUUCUUCAUGUGUCCAAUGCUGAAGAGAAACCUGUACAUUGUCUUUACGCCACAGCACAACAGCGCCCUCUAGAGAAUGUCGCUGUUAUUAUAUGAUGCUUGUUAUGAACAGGUAGGCUAAACUGAAUGCUAAUCAUGUUAUUUGAUUUGUCUGCUUCUGUAAACAAACAAUUUGUUUAACCUUUUCACGCAUAGUUAAAAAUGUAUAAGCUGUUUCCGUGCAGUGAGCUUUUAAUGGGAUCAAUAUGUUUAAGUUUCCAUGGCGACGCGGCAUCAAACUUGUCAUCUGGAUGUGUCUCUUUGCUGACUGGCCAGCAGGACAUAUUCAAAACAUUAUAAAUUAUUUUCAUGUACAAACCAUAAUAAAUAAAUUACUCAAAUACU